AAAUAAGAAAAGAAAAAGAAAAGGAAAAACGGAAACAGAGCGAGAGAUAAAUAGAAAGACAGAGAGCACUGCUAGCUUCUCUUUCUUCAUGCAAGCAGGUCUCGAAUCUUCCUUGUCGUUUACCGCUAAAAAAUUCACCGUUUCACGUGAUCGAUCACCACCGCCACUGAUCCUCUUCAAAAAACCACUCCGCCUUUCGUUUUUCUUUGUUUUCAAUGGGAGACACCGAGAGUUGCAGCAGCAGAGCAGUAUAUUUCGUGCCUCGAAACCAGAGGCAAAAACUCGAUGUUUUCAACGAUGUUCUUUGGCAUCUUAAAGAAUCGAAUGACAAAGAAGCGACUCGUCCUGGCUUCGAAGAUGAACUCUGGACUCAUUUCUGUAGACUACCUACUCGGUAUGCAAUGGAUGUGAAUGCGGAGAGAGCACAAGAUGUUACUAUGCACAAGAGGUUGUUGCAGAUGGCACGUAAUCCAGCUACUCGGCCGGCGAUUGAAGUGCGGCUUGUUCAGGUUCCUUCUGCACAUGAUGGACAUUCUGGUGAUUCGGUAGAUUCAGACUCUCCAAGGAAAUGGCAGCUCCAACAUUUUGAUUAUCUCGAGAAACAGAGCAUUCAUCCACCUCCGGCCUUUGGUUCAUUGACUGAUUUUGAACUUCAUAAAAAUCAGAAUGACAAUAUCACUGCGUUUACCAGGCUGAUGCAUGAAAUUACAAUUUCAACUAAUGAUAAGCCAAAACUCCUGAGUCAGUUGACUUCCUUGCUGUCUGAGAUUGGGCUCAACAUUCAGGAAGCUCAUGCUUUUUCCACAGUAGAUGGCUACUCCUUGGAUGUUUUUGUUGUUAAUAAUUGGGAACCCGAGGACACAGAGCGGCUUAGAAGCAUGCUGGUUAAGGAAAUUCCCAAAAUCGAGAAGAAUGCUGUUUAUCCUGUGGCGGAGCAAGAUCAAAGAAGAAUCCGCCAUGUCUCUAGUCACAUGAACGUUCCCGCUGACUCAAUUGAUGUUUGGGAAAUUGAUGCACACCGGUUAUUAUUUGAGAGAAAAAUUGCAACUGGAUCUAGUGGAGAUCUGUACAAAGGCACCUUCUGCAGUCAAGAUGUGGCUAUUAAAGUGCUCAGGGGUGAGCAUCUAGAUGAUAAACUUCAGAGUGAAUUUGUUCAAGAAGUCUCUAUCAUGAGGAAAGUUCGUCACAAGAAUGUUGUGCAAUUCAUAGGUUCAUGUGCCAGACCUCCAAGCCUGUGCAUCGUGACAGAAUUUAUGUCUGGUGGAAGCAUGUAUGACUUUCUGCGUAAACAGAAGGGAGGUUUAAAUCUUCAGUCUUUACUACGAGUAGCAAUUGAUGUUUCCAAGGGAAUGCACUGCUUGAACCAAAAUCAUAUAAUACAUCGAGAUUUGAAAUCUGCCAAUAUCUUGAUGGAUGAAAAUGGAGUAGUUAAAGUUGCUGAUUUUGGUGUUGCUAGAGUGCAAGAUCAGACUGGUGUAAUGACUGCAGAAACUGGAACUUACCGCUGGAUGGCUCCAGAGGUUAUUGAACACAAGCCAUAUGAUCAUAAAGCGGAUGUUUUCAGUUUUGGCAUUGUGCUGUGGGAGUUGCUUACUGGAAAGCUUCCAUAUGAGCAGCUGUCCCCGUUACAAGCGGCAGUUGGCGUGGUCCAGCAGGGUCUAAGACCAUCAAUUCCAAGCCAUUCUCAUCCUAAAUUGGCAGGCCUGCUUAAGAGAUGCUGGCAGCGAGACCCAUUUUUGAGACCUGAAUUCUCUGAAAUUUUAGAGCUUCUACAGCAAUUAGAGAGAACGGUUGCUGAUGGAAGAGACGACAAGCAGAAAGGAAAGUCUCCUAGAAGGGCUGUGACUGCCAAUUAGACGAGAAAGACGGUGAAGCCACUGGAAUUGAAUACUCUACAUCCAUCGUAAUGCUUUCGUUUGGAGACACUCUCUCUCUACAUCCUGCUUUCGUUCAAUCAGGUGUGGGUUGGUAUGCUCCGUUGACGAAUACAAAUACAAAUAGAAAUAUAUAUAUACUUAUACACGUUGGUACAUAUAUUGUAGGCACGCAUCUUACCUAACCUAGAAGUAGAACUGUUGGUCUUACAGUUGCUCACUAAGCGUAGAGCGUAACUUUAGUUUGUGUUGUCCUAGUUCUGGGGUUGUAUCAUAAACCAGCUCAGCGAGAGAGUAGAUAAUGUAGAAAAGUGUUCAGUAAUCUUCUUGUUCUAUAGAAUUACGAUCUUUUUUCUGUUAAAGACUUCGGAAUUAGGAGUUGAUGUUUUGCUGAAGUUGUCAUUUAACAGUUGCAAUGAAUCUCAGAGCCAACAUUGUUUAACCCGAA